AGGAAAAAAAAAAAUCUCCAUUUUUUCUCAUCCUAGGCGUUUCUUGUUCCUGAUAAAACCUGUUCCCAUCCUUCUUCCCCUUUUCUUCUCGCUCUGGAAAUCUUCACCGUGUAAUAAUAUCUCUAGGAAAAAAAAAAAAUCUACCGGGGUUUGUUAAUUCCUCAGUUGUCGGGCGUGAUGGCGUGAGAUUUCGAUCAUAGGAAAUCUCCAUUCGCCGAUCUGACGAAUUUUUUGACGAAUGGCGAGUGAUCUAAGGAUGAACGCUGAAAUGGAGGAGACAGACGGUGAGAUCCAGGAUAUCCUUCGUGCCCUCGCCAAUGGGUUUCAGAAAGUGGAUAAGAUCAAGGAGCCUAAUAGACAGAGCAAGCAGUUGGAGGAGCUUACCGGGAAAAUGAGGGAGUGCAAGCGCCUUAUAAAGGAAUUUGAUCGUGAAAUUAAGGAAGCAGAGAGUAGUAAUCCACCUGAGGUCAAUAAGCAGCUCAAUGACAGGAAGCAAUCCAUGAUCAAGGAGCUAAACUCAUAUGUGGCCCUCAGGAAGACGUAUAUGAGUAGCCUAGGAAACAAAAGGAUAGAGCUAUUUGAGUUGGGCGGUGGAAGCGGUGACCCUACAACUGACGAGAAUGUUCAACUGGCAUCAACUAUGUCAAAUCAAGAGCUAAUAACUGCUGGCACGAAGAGGAUGGAAGAAACUGAUCAGGCGAUUGAGCGGUCAAAAGUGGUUGUGGAACAAACAAUCGAAGUGGGAACACAGACAGCAGCAAAUUUGAAGGGCCAAACUGAGCAAAUGGGCCGCAUUGUGAAUGAUCUUGACACAGUCCAGUUUACUAUAAAGAAGGCAACUCAACUUGUGAAAGAGAUUGGCAGGCAGGUUGCAACUGAUAAAUGCAUCAUGUUUUUCUUGUUCUUAGUUGUUUGUGGUGUAAUUGCAAUCAUUAUUGUGAAGAUCGUAAAUCCACACAAUAAGAAUAUUAGAGAUAUCCCUGGGCUCGCACCACCAGCUCAAACUUCAAGGAAACUACUGUCAACAAUUCCUUUGGUAGGAAACCUUCAAUAUUUCUAAAGAAGAUUAUUUUCCUGGAGGCGUUUUCUGGAGUGUCCUCACCGCGGUGCUUAUGCAUGCAGAGAUUCAGUUGAGUGAUAAUUUGUUCUCAGUUUAGUAUCUUUUUGUGCUCCUUAAAUUCCGUAAUAUAGCUUCCAUCAUCUUCAUUGUGGUGAUUCAGAAGACUGCCGAGGAAACAUUGUGGAUUAUAUAUUACUAAUUUUUCUCAAGAUUGUCUGUCUUUUCAUUUGUGUAUUCUUUAGACCAACCAAUGUAUGAAGAUAUUAUAACCUACAGGCUUUGAUUUGUGAAUGAUGAGCUAAUUCCUGUGUUUAAUUGCA